GUCGCAUGAAAGUCCGGCUGCGGGAAUUUACCAGCAACAUAAAGAAGGACCAAAACGUAUUUGUAGUAAAGGAAAGGGUGGAGUAUCUUCGCCAGGUCAUAGCACGGACCAAUCAAGAAGUCCAUCGGAUGUCACUGAUAGAAGAUAUGGUCUGGUCGCAAUGCCAGCACAUAGACAUAAACGACAACAUGUUCCAGAAUACCGGACAGCUGACAACAGCUCAAUUCGAAGCUUGCUACGGUUUAAGGCUACAGGAAGCCGAAGCAAUUGUAUUUUACGCGCUUGACCAAGACCCUGUCACCUUUAAACCAACGGAGCUAGGCCACCUUUUUAGUUGGAUCUAUCAACUGAUUGAUCAGUUUGUACAAUGGAGAUAUUUGGCUUUCAACCUAUGGUUCCGUAAGCAAUGGAGAUCCGCCAAAUGGAGGCAGGAGGGCGGCAUCCAACUCGAUAGUAUUUAUUACCAAGUUAUUGCCGAAGUUUUCAAGAUCGUGAAUCGAAUUCAGGCGAACGAGCCGUUGACGGAAGCAGUCAUGGCUCCGUUUAAAAGAAUGGCGAAUCUUUUCCUUGCUUUCGUCGACCUAUUACAAUGGAACAUUUUUCCAAAACCGAUAUGGGACAUUGCAUUUAAGGAAAAGGAUUUUGGCGAAGCAGGGUUUCCGGCCACCAUGCCCGCAGAAUAUAGCGGCGCCGCGAGACCUGUCCUUCUUCCCGGGAUGAUCAUAAUAUCUCCGCCGAUAAUCCCAAACCCCAGGCCUCGACUUCAGUUACAUCAGCCCAUCCUCAGUCACAUGACCCCACUUUACAACGUGGGAUUUCCCAGAGACUGGAAUAAUGAAAGACAAUUCAGCGAAGCUCUCGGUCUGCAUAGAACUUGGAAUGUUACAAGGUAUUCCAAAACCAACGAGGGUGGCGGAGGAAAAGGGACGACCCAGGGCAACGUGAACAGCUCGAAGACCGGCAUAAAGGGCACAUCCAUGUCAGCCCAGGCCGUACGGUUCGCGGAUGAUUCGCUGGUUUCUGAGGACGAGGACGGGGAAGGAUUCUGGUUCCAUAACGUCAACUCGGGGCCCGAGCCAACACCGUACAGCGACUUAUACGAAAAUGUAGUCGACAGCCCCGGCCUUCGUCGCAAGCAUGUUGCUUUCGCAGCUCAUGGGGCUCGCAGCGAUACGUCGUCGCCAGCCAGAUUCUCGUCCGGACACUCUUUGAAGCGAAGGGCUAGUCAUGAUUUUUACAGUGCGUCUGGCGUUAAGAGACCGAGAUCGAAAGCAUAGGGAAUUCUCCAAGAUCGGCGAUGACAUCAUGAUAUAUAAGUAGGAAGAAGACAAGUUCCCUUUGCUGUUAUUUGUGUUAUUUUAAAGGGACUUCAGCUAUCGCCUGGAAAAGGGGUUGGUAUACAGUUGGCUAUAAUGUUGUAUAUCGGAAUAAUUGAUAUCUUCCAACGCCCAGGCGUAAAUGUAUUAUAUAUUGUCCAAUUUAUUAGUCGACGAUAGUUCUAUACGUGACC